AAAAAAAAAAAAAGAAAUGAAAACUGAGGGGACAGAGGGGACCUGAGGGUGGAUAGCACAGGAAGGGAUGGCUCACCCCUCUCAGCCAUCCCCAUGGGGCCCUGGUGUUGGGUCACACUUGGAUCCUGUCUGGAAUAGGAGUUGGGCUGGGCGCUGGUGCCCCUGGGGCCAGGCUGCCAUGAAUCCUCAGGCCCGGCUCUGGGACAGGGUGUAUUUGAAGAGCGUCACUGGGAAGGCCAAUGCCGUCUGUCCCCUGCCAGGCAGCUGGCAGGAUCUCUGGCCAGGCCUGGUGUGUCAGCAAUCUCAGACAGGGUGAGGACGACAAGGUUUUCCAUGGCCAGGGCCCGAGCUCAGAGCGGCAUGCGUCAGGGCCUGGGCCGAGUCCAGCAGGCUCUGGUCUUGGACGGAACUGGCUGCAGUCCUGCCUCUGACAGGGAGGUGGAGGCACGGGUGCUGGCAGACCCUCUGACACACGGGCACAGACACACGGGGCAGGGGGCUCCAUCCCAGCAGGAGGGGCCCAGGCUGAGGCCGCACUCCACCCUCGUCUGGCCAACCCUGGCCAGCGCUCCUGUCCUCAGUGCAGACGUGGGCGCUGCCCCUGAGGAGCUUGGUUUAUACGGGGAGAGCUGGCCAAGUCAUCAACACUGGACGGACAGCAGGAAAGGCGUGAGGACAGCGGCUCUGGAGGGAGGAGGAGCAGCCCGGCAGGCUUCCCGGAGACAGUGGCACCGUGCGCAGGGGGAGGUGUCCAGGGACCACGAACACUCCCAAAUUCCCAGGAAUCCCAGCCCCACUGACUGAACACUGGGGUGCAGUCACAGAGAAGAUGGCCUUGGCCUGGGGGUGGCAGCUGUGCAGGGGACCCCGUCCCCCACCACCGAUGGCAGGGGCCCUUCCCUCCCCCCAGACCAGCUCAGCCCCUGCCUCCCCUGGUCGGAAGCCACCUCCCCAGCCUGCUUGGAUCCUGGUACUAGAAGAAACCACUGCCGUGUUCCCACUUGGAUUGGGUGUUCAUGCCGUGUGAUGUUCGUGCCGUGUGGAUGCUGCUGAGGUGGGAACCCUGUGACGGACCAAGGCUCCAGUGAGCCACAGCGUGGCCGGGCAGAAGCAGAAGAGACCAGUGACCCCCACUCAACUCAGCCUCUCCUUCCUCCAGGGAGUGUCCUGGAGGUACCUGUCUGAGUGACAGGGAAGGGGCGGGGCCAGGAGCCAAGGCUGGAAGCUCAGCCCCACUCGGCCUUUGCAGAUGCUCUAGUGGGAGCAGCUGGCCUCAGGGAAGGGCUUAAAACUCCAGGAGAGCCCAGGCAGGUGCGGACGCGAGGGGAGUGGAGGGGAGGCCUCGCCUGGCCCACCUUCCUUCUGCCCUUCCACCAUGUGGCCCUUCCCGAACCGCUCUCUCUUCCCACCCCCCACUCAGGCCUGGCUCCAGACGGUCUCCUCAGACCCUGAGGCCCAGGGCUGGGGGGCCUGGAACGAGACCAAGGAGAUGGUGGGGCCAGAGGGUGGGGAAGAGAAGGAGGAGGAAGAUGAGGCAGAGGAAGACCAGGAUGGGGAUGCAGGCUUUCUGCUGUCUCUGCUGGAGCAGGAGAACCUGGCUGAGUGCCCAGUGCCUGACCAGGCUGCCCCGUCCCUGGGACCCCGGAGGAGAAGGUGGAGGCUGACCACAGAUCCGUCUACGUGGGCAACGUGGACUACGGGGGCUCCGCCGAGGAGCUGGAGGCCCACUUCAGCCGCUGUGGGGAGGUCCAGCGAGUCACCAUCCUGUGCGACAAGUUCUCUGGACACCCCAAGGGGUCAGUGUGGGGCCUGGUGGGGGCACUGGCCGUGCGGACAGGGCCCGGCCUCACCCCUCCCCUCCCUUCCCUGCCCUUUCCCUCAGUUAUGCCUACAUAGAGUUUGCCACCAAGGGCUCCGUGCAGGCCGCCGUGGAGCUGGACCAGAGCCUCUUCCGGGGCCGGCUCAUCAAGGUACUGCCGAAAAGAACCAACUUCCCUGGGAUCAGCUCCACAGACCGCGGGGGCCUUCGCGGACACCCAGGCUCCAGGGGGGCACCCUUCCCCCACAGCGGCCUCCAGGGCAGGCCCCGGCUCAGACCACGAGGGCAGAAUCGGGCCCGUGGAAAAUUCUCACCAUGGUUUUCACCGUAUUAAAGGGAAGGCCCGAUUUUGAGAGAGGGGCUGGGGGCUGGGGGCUGGGGGCUGGGGACGGGGUCAGGAGUAAACCACUUGUGCUCCAUCCUGGGGCUGGGGCAGGGAGUGGGGCGGGGAUGAGGCCAGAGGAGAGGGGUGUCCAGAGCAGCCGCUGGCCCCCUCUUGGCCGGGGGGUGGCCCAGUAGGGCCUUGUAUGGUGGCCCAGACCCACGGCCACAGCCACGAGUCACAGCCACGGCCCAGUGGUGGGCCUGGCAUGGGCGCCACGGGGAUCUAGGGGGCUCUGGAUGGUGAGGGAAGGGAGGGGCAGAGUCCCAGGCAGUGCCAGGCCAGCUUGGGGUUGGCCUGCUCGGCUCUUCAACUAAGUCAUUUUAAGAAAAAUAGAAACAUGUCUCUUAAUGGUGAAGCAUAAAUUAUUAAACUUGGGCACUUUUUAAAAGCAAA